AUGGCAAGCUCCGGUGGCGGUUUGUUUGGCAGCUCCAGGCAGCCCGCCUCUUCGACUUUAUUCGGAGGAGGCUCGGCAACAACGGGAAGUGCGCCCUCCCACCUGCCUGCGGCCAAUGCGCAGGCUGCGCCGGGGUCCUCUUUGUUCACAACUGCUACUCCCGCGGCGUCUGGCAAUCCCACGAGCAACACUACGCAGACUAUCCCUGGGCAGCAAGGAAUCUCUCUCUCCCCUUCUUACGCAUCCCCGAGUUCUGGCGGGGUCUCAGGAUUUUCUCCCCCGAAGUCGGCAUGGGGAGGCCGCCAGUUCGAGUGUCUCUACACAGAAGUCAUCUGUCCUGCGGUUCAGAAAGGGGCUACGUGGCCAUCUGCAAGCCAGCUUAGAGAGAGACUUGCAGAACUUCAGAAUGCCGCUUUGGCGGCUGCCUCAUCUGAUGCGCCUACGAAUGGAGUAGAGGUGUGUGCGCCUCCCCACGCUCCCACUCGAACUUCUCCGCCCCCGCGAGGAUCGGGGCAGAAGUCAUCUCCAGGAACUUCUCGGCGGGAUGUCACGUCGUCGCCACGGGAUGAAGAGGAUUAUAUGGCGUCUCUGGAGGAGGAACAGGCAACUGUCAGGGCUCAACUGGAUGCGCUGCUGGCGUUCCAGCGUUCGGCGUUGCAGCGCAUUCUCCUGUUUCAGGAUGCUUUCGUGAAUGUUCUCGCGGUUCCGGAGCGCCAGGUUUCGGUGUCGUCUGCUCAGCUGGAGCAGUUUGCUCGAGAGAACUAUCCAGGAUGGGAGCGUCUGUGCAAGGAUAUCGACCAGCUUUCUCAGUUGCACAACUUGGAUCAAUUUAUGUGCUUUUCCCUUGCUUUCGAUGCCGUCCAAAUUCUCCAGGAGACCACGCCUUCGUCUGACGCGUCCUCUCUCUCCUCGCUCGGUUCUGUGCAGUCUUGCGACGGAAAAGAGAAAUCUGGCAACGGCGACGUGAUGUGGGAUCCGCAGCUGAUUCUCGCCGCACUCCACCGCGAGCAGCAUUUCCAGCUUCUGUGUCUGUUUCAUUUGGCUGUGGCUCUGUAUGCGGAGGACUCCCUAGGCGUUUACGGAGAUGUCGAGAAUGCAUGCAACCCCGUCUCGGUCUCGGUCUUCUCUCGGCUCGCCCGCCGCGGCUUCGUGGAGAACCUGCUCGAUCGCAUUGGCUCUCUGGCCUCGACGCUUGUGUGUCCUCCUCUGCUUCCGUCCGCGCCCGUCGCGAGCGUGUCUUCUCCGUCGUCUCAGUUGCCUUCGCCGAAAGAGAACGUUCUCUUUGGCGGCGCGUCGCCGUACUACGCGACGCUUUUGUCUCCCUUUCCGUCCGUACUUUCACUGGCCCUUGCUGCCGGUCGAGAGGCCCUGGCGAGCACUUCCUCGUCGCAGCCCUUGUCCGAGAGUGUGACGGCCUCCUCGCCGAUUUCAGCUUUGGCGGCUGUCUCGGAAGUCCACGACAGUGCCAUGCUGGACCUCUGUCUGAAGAUUUUGCACUUUUUCUUUGCGCGCUUCCAACCCAGCAUGCAAGACGUGCAAGAUUUGCUUCUUCUCAUUCCGCAUGUCCUUAGUCCGCACGCGAACGUCGAAAGAAUUCGGACAGAAGGCCGACUGGAGAAAAGCUCUUCGAUGGGUGCAUACGAGCUUGACGCAAAGUUCCAAGCUGCCUUACGAGCGUUGGGCGAAAGAGAGAGCGAAUCGCUCGUCGGCGGUGGACGAGCAGACGGACCCCAAGGCGUUCAAGCCGCACAGGAAGAGAGGGAGAGACGCACCAGGCUCCUGUACGGCGAAGAUGCAUUGAGACGAAUUAAGGGGGGAGGAGCAGCUUUCUUUGCCAGUCUUCAACUCCUCUCUCGUCCUCUGUCUUUCCGUCUCGCGGAAAUUCUCCUCGUCGCUUUGCACCCCAAGCUGCUCCGCUGGUUCGUGAGGCGGGGACCAGAGACAGACGAAGCCGAAAAGGGAGCGGACAAGGACACCGCUAUGCGCCAUCUGGAACUGCCUCCGCUCACAGAGCUCAACCCCAUGAGCAGUCCCCAGGAUAUUCAGGAGUGCCGAGGCGAUGUUCUGCAUCAGGAAGAAGACCGUCCCGGUUCCACGACGCUCGUCCCUCCGUUCUCUCUCUCGGCAGAGGGAGCAGGCGAAGAUAGGCCAGGCGGCGAAGGGGCCCGGAGUGCUUCUCUUGCGCGCCUCCUCAUUCCACCGGAUGCCGGCCUGUUUUACGACAAACUCGCGAAGCUCCGCCACGCGGGCCAAGAUUUCUGGCGCGACGACGCGGGCUUGGAGUGCCUUCUCCGCUUUAUCGUCUGCGGGAUUUACAUGUCCGACGCUCGAGACGCGUGGGACGCUCUCGUCUCCUCGCCGGGAAAUCUGUUUGUCCUUCUAGGCGAGGUGUUUCUUCGGGGUCGGUCGCCUCUCGAUGCGAUUGACCUGCUCUCCUUCCAGUUGGUCCACGAGUUCCUCUGGCUCGGCUUUGUCGCUUCUUCGCUCCCGUCCAUGUCGUCGCCCCUUUUCACUGAGGAAGGGCGAACCUCUCUGCUGACGCACUUGGUGGAGGUGGAGGUCCACCGAGCCCGAACCCGGAGUUUCUCGUGGAUGAUCGAAGACUUUCGAAAGGAAGAGGAAGAGACGCCGUUCUCCUUCUCGUCUCCCGUCUCCCCCUACAGUUGCUUCUUCUCUGAGCAUUCGUUCCUCGGCGCGCCGCUGCUCCAAACUGAGAUGGCGUCAUGCUUCUAUCAGAGCUCUGAGGACGGCCCGGCGCCGGAGGAAGACGAAGAUGGCGAGGCGUGCGGCAGCCGCUGGCGGCGACCUGCCGGCUGGUCACCAGCUCUUUUCUCUCCGAUGUUCGUCGACAGAAAGGGAAAGGCAGAGCGACGGCGACGCGAAAAAACGUCUCGCUUCCCGUUCUCACACACACAUAUUGAACGCGAAAGCGACGAGUGCUCUGGCCACUUGCUGGCUCUCCUCAAACUCAUUGCUGUCGUGUGCCGUGCGUACCCCGCUGCGUGCACCCACUACACGGAUCUCCUGUCCUACUGCAUUGAACAGUUUUCGUUCCUUUUUGACACGUCGCUGUAUGGAGAGGACGGCAUCGACGCCGGCUCUCUGAACCGCCCCGGCGCGCCUGCCUCGUCUCUGACCUCGUUUUUGCCGCGCGACAAGGCGCUCGCGAGUUACUCCUUCUUUCCCCUCGCGAACGACGCAGACGACGCAAUUCCCCCUGCGUCGGCCUUCCCGCUCGCGUCGCCGUACAGGGGCGCUUCCGAAAGAUACCCCUUCUCGCCCCUGUCCUUCCGUCCCCCCCUGGUCCCGCGUCCGCUGUCGUCUUCCUCGCUUUUCCCAGACGCCGGAAGUUCCACAGAUGCGCUUCUGGGGCCAGAGCGCCGGGCGGCUCUGCCUGCGUCCUCGGAGCUGAGGGUGGUGAGUGCGGCGGCCCGCGAACUGGGCGUCAGCCUGGUUCUCCACCCGCCGCUCUUGGUCGCCCUCCUGAAUCUGUCGUCUGUUCUCGCGAGUCGCGGAGGACCCCUCGUGGCGCAGCGCGUUGCAGCGAAUUUUGGCACGCCGCUUCUGCCUUCUCUCCGAUUCUCACGCCUCUUUCUGACGCUCUUUCAGCAGCUGGAGGCGUCCCUGCGCGGCCAGUAUGCGGCGCUCCCGCAGUACUUCUUCCUCGGGAGACACACCGCUUUCCCGGCGUCCUCCCUCGUGUCGGCCCUGGAUGUGACGCCGCCGGCCCUCGCCUCUCGCGCAUGUCCUUCGCCGUCUUUCCUGGGCUCCAGCACCCUCGGCCGCUCCCGCGCGGAAGACCCGAGAGAGUACCCAAACCUCUUUUCCUUCUCGGGGCCGGAUCGCGGAAGGGCCCUAGGAGCCCGCCACGGCGACGCGGAGGGGCGAAACGAGUUCUUGGGCGGCAUGCUGCGCGAAGACAAGCACUUUCACUUGCUUGAUCGCAGCAAGAGCUUCCCGCGCGGCCUGCUGGCGUGUCUCGAGACCUGCUUGCGGCUAGCAGGCAGUCUCUCCAAUUCCUUUCUCCUCUACCUCCUCCCGCUUCCCUUCCCAACGCUCCCGGAGCGCCUCUGUCCGCUCCUGCCAGCCUCGCCCCUGUACGGGAGCAGAGGAAAGCGCGAAGGCUUGCGCGGGCCGUUCGCAUCCGCGGGGUCAGCCUCGCCUCUCGCGCAGCCUGGACUGGACAGCGAGUACGGCAGUUCGUCCAGUUCGUUCGCGGACGAGGGCGCCCGCGGCGAAGGCUGGCAUAUGCUCGACUUCAUAUACGAGAUUCUCCACAUGAACUCGAACAACAAAAACAUCAGCUUGCUGGGGAUCAAGGCAGCCUGUCUCGAGGCGUUAACCGGGAACCUGGUGCGGAACCCGUCGACGUCUCUCGCGGUGCUUCUGCAACUCAGCUCGAUGAUUGACAGCCUCCGGCGGGACCUAAACCUUCCCGCGGAGAAGCCUGGGGCCUCGCGGGACACCGCGGACAAACGCGAAAGCGCCUUCCUGUCUCCGUCGUCUCCUGUCGCUGAGGACGAGGGCCGUCUGCUUCUCGCCUUCACCACCUGCGUCGCGUACCAUCUCCAACUCGUCGGUCUCCGGCGUCGCUUUGACGCGACCCUCGCCGCGUUCUGGGCCCGCGUGGCCGACAGCGGAACCGGCGACUGCAGCGGCCAAGGCGACGGCAGAGGCGCGACGAGCUGCGCGCCGGCGGGGCCUUCCCGCGAGGCGAGAGAGCGGAAAGUCGAGUUUGCAGGGCUCGAGGCGCCCCGGGAGGCGUGCGACGCGAGCGGCGGCACGGGGGGAGCGGGCGACGCCGACGGGUAUCUCGCCGCCGGAUGGAGAGGACAACUGGAACCGUACGGUGCGCCUGCGACCAGCGGAGAGGCGGACAGAGGAAGCGCCCUCAGCUGUUCGGCGGUCGCUGCGAACGGAGACGCGUUCUUCGCUUCCCCCCAGGAGAGAGCCGCAGCGGUGUCGCCGUCGGGCGGUUUGCCGCUCGAGACGGACAGCGAUCUCGGGGACCUCGCGCGGCUUCACUCCGUCGUGGGGUCACAUCUGACGCGUUUGACAGCGUUUCUUUUGGAGAUUUUCGUCACUGUUUUUCGAGAGCCCUUCCAGCGCGCGUGGCAGAGCCUUCCCCAGGCGCGCUACUGGCGCCUGGCCGUUGUCCUCCUGCGGUCGUUCCGUCUCGUCCUGCGCGGGCCCCUUCCCCGGAUUGGCGCCCAUCGCGUGGACGCCGCCGCCCGCGAGCCGUUCGGCAGCUGUCAACGCGCGACUGCGGAGGCAACCACGUACCUGUUUCGCGCGUUUCUGUGUCUCGAGUCCGAGGCCUUUGACGCCCUGAUGAAGGUCGCGUGCUUCCACAAUGCCACAUCGCGACUGUCCCUGUCGCUCUCGCACUUUCUCCUCUCGCAGCAGAAGCGUCAGGCGCGCAGCCCGGCGACUCCGCGCAACCCGUUCGCGGCGUGCUUCGCCGCUUCGCCUUUCGCCUCCUGGGGCGUGGGCGCAUGCAGUUCCUUCGCGCUGCGCAACGGGAUGCGGCUCGGCCCUGGAGGCGCGUGGGAAAGAGGCGCCGGGCGCUUCGGGACCUACGAAGAUGGAGUCUCGUCGUUCUCCUGGGAGAGGCAGAGACGUGAGGCCGAACAAAGGGUCGGUCCGUUUUCCUCCAGCGCUCCCCGUCGAGCUUCGGAGUCCUCGCCGCCGCUUGCUGCUUCGUCCUGGGCCGCGCGCAACGUGAUGGCUGAGGAAGUCGCCGUGGUCGGCCUCGACGUGCUUCGUCUGCUCUUCCAGAGAGAUGUCCUCUUUCUCCAGUUCUACCGGCGCCAGGCGACGCUGCAACUGCAGAGCGCGUGGGAGAAGCGAUCAACCGAGGGCCGGUCCUGGCACGGUGCCGAGACAGGAGAUGCGAGGGAGGUUGCAGAGAGAGAGCGCGCGGAAGAACGAGGCGAACCUUUAACCGGCGGUCCCAGCUACUGCACCCGUGAGGGGCGGUUGACUUCUUCGUCGCCCGGCCUUGAGCUGCAAAGCUGGGAAGGAAGCAGGCCGCUCUGGCCUUCAGGACAGCCGGGGGAAUUUGGCGUCUCGCCGUCCCCCGGGGCGUUGCCGGAGCAGCUGUCAGGGGCGGCUGCGAAUCGGCCCGGAGGCAGUGGCUGGGCACUGCGUACCGCAGAAACAGCUGCGGCGGACUGCCUGUGUCUGCGAUUUACCCACGAACAGCUUGCGCGUUCGGCGUCUUCUCUCGUUCAAGAGCUUCUCUGGGCAACGGCGGGUGCCCUCGGGCUCGAGCCGUCUCCGCUUCGGUUCAGGCAAGCAAAGGGACAGGGCGCCCCGAGUUCGCUCGCUGUCACCUCGUUCCUCGCGUCCCUCUCUUCGUCUCUAUCCAUCCCCCCCUUCUCGUGGUUCGUUCUCGUCCACUUGGGUGGGGCGGGUUUGCGAGGCACCGGGACGGGUUCUCGCCCCGCCGCGCUGUCUGCGUCUUUGUCUCCAUCUUCCUAUCCUCCCUCGCUCCUUCGCGUGUGGAAGCUUUCGCUGUUCACGCUGCACCAGCUGAGUGUGCGAGACCAAGGCAGGCUGUCCUCGCUGUUCGCCGCCUACCCAGGGAUCCUCGACGCAGCCAGAGAGACGGUCACAAUCGCCCUGCUGAUGACGCCUUCGCGAUUCCUCACUUUGGGAGACUGUGAGCAAGACCAAGUCGUGUUCGGGACCGUGCCGGGCGGCGACAGGGAGGACGAAGGCGCAGGAGACAGGGAGGAGGGGUGGGAGGCGCAGGAAGCCAGCGAGAGGAAAGGAAGCGUUGCUGCAAGCCGUGGAAAAGGCGCCGGCUAUUUUCUCUCGCAGCGGGGGGAUGGCGACGCGACUGCCUUGACUCGCUUUGUUACCGAAGCAGACAGAGUCUCCGAGGAAGAAGACAACUACCCGGCCCUUGUGCUGCCUUCGUGUGAAGACCUGGCCGACCCGUUGUACGCCACGACGUCUCUCAGUAGCUUUUUCCUCGAGGUCCCCUCCACGUGGCAGAAGAAGACUCUCAGGCAGGCGCUGCUGUCUCAGUGCGUCGCGGACGAAAGGGAGCGCGACCGCGAGUCCGUGCUUCUUGCCGCGCUGAGGCGGUCGUCCUUUCUCCAGAGGUCGCGAGACGUUCCCGCGGCCUCAGGAGACGGCCAGCGAGAAGGCAGCGAGAGCGACAGCCUCUAUGCGGACCGGCUCCAGGCCUCGUCUGCUGGCGACCCCAUCUUUUCUUUUCCGCUGCUUCGUUCGCGUCUCUCGGACUUCCCGUCGCUCACGGAGGCGCGUCUCGAACGGAGGCUGAACCUGUCGGCGUCGUCGGCGGCGGAGAAGCUUUUGCUCUCGGGAGGCGAAGAGGCUGGAGAAGAGGCCGGCCUGGUUCUGGAGAGAAAGGACGAGGGCCUGGCGCAGGCGCGGUGGAUGUUCCGCUCGUGGCUCCGCUGUGCGUUCUACGCCGAAGUUCGAGAAGUCGACGAGUUCGCCAGGCUCCAGAACGCGCUCCCCGCCUCGUCGGGCUCCACAGCCCUUCCGAUUCGGAAAGACCUUGACAGAAAGUGGCAGCGAGUGGAAGACGCCAUCGUGGAAGGCACCGACUUGGCUUCUUGGCAAGCGCUGCGUUUGCAGGAGACGCGACAGGCUCGCCUGGUGCCUGGUAGACGCGCUCGGCGAGGCCUGACCAGCCACGCGACUGGCGGCGCAGCAGGCCGAGGGGAUCUCGGAGGCCGCGACGAUUGGCGCCUGCCUCUUGGCGGCUACGCAACGGGGCUCGGCGAAGCGGGAAGCGAGACCCAAGGAGACGGGACCUUCGACGACGAAGAUUUCCUCUCGCUCUUCCCGUCGUUUUCUCACUUCUACGCUGCUUCGCGGCCCAUGGUGCACUCGAACCGGUGGGUAGAUGCUGCCUACCUACGAGAGGAAGGCGAAGCGCCGCCGAGCAAGUGGAUUCUCCCGCCAUUCCUGCCACCAGGCUGUCCGGCGUUCGCGUACACCUACGUCCCUGCAAACUACCAGAGCGCCGCGUUCCACGCGACCUCGUUCCGCCGCCUGGCUCUCCUGCUUCUCCACGCAGGCGUCCAGCGCGCGUGCCUGGCGUCUCUCGCGUCGUCCCCAGCCGCGGGCUCUCGCCGCUUGUUUGGACCCCGGGGACGAGAGGGCGGUUGGGAGCGCGAAUGCGACAGCGCCUUUUCCCCGGACAUGUCUUCAAAGGGUGUCGAAGCGGAACGAGGCGACACGCAGCCUCCGGCUCCGCCGACCUGCCUGCCGCUGUCGCUCGCCCUCCUAGGCCUCGCACCCGUCACGGACGCGGUGGCCGAAUGCGCGCCGUCAGGGGCAAAAUCGCGGCUCCUCGAGAGUGUGGCUCGAACUAGCCCCGCCUCGCUGGCGACGCUCGCCGGGGCGUUUUCGCCCGCCUCGCGGUCCGCGCAAGACUUGCGUUCCCGUGCGGUGAGAAACCUCGGAGUCCUGAUCGGAGACGAGGGCGGCUACGGCGGAAAAGGAGGCCGGGGCGGCCGGUUCCCUCCGCUGCGGUCCUCGGCCGUCGUCCUGCCUGUCCUUUGGUGGCGAGGACAAGACGCGUGUCUGUCCUCCGGCUCCUCGCCAGGCACCACUCGCGGCGGGGUCCGGCCAGGCCAGGUAGCUGAGGCCUUGGUGGCGCUUCUGCGGGAGCGGCCCCACUUUGAGGUCUUCGACGACGCCGUCGGCGACCUGUCGCCCCAGACCCUCGACCCCGCCACCGGCGUGCUGGUCCGAGAAAGCGAGCGUCAAGCCGCGAUCGUCGCGAACUACAGCCAGCACUGGGAGUUCCUGAAGGCUCUCCAGAUUCUCCAUCUGCUGGCGGUGACUGAGGCCACGCGCGCCGCGGCUCUGCAGCUUCUCGCGUGCCAGUGGCCCGAGCGGUAUCAACACUUUGACGCACUGGCUUCGUGCAUUCGGAACGUGCCGAGAUUUCCACUCCUCUUGCGUCCGCUCUUUCUUCUCCAGCUCUCCUCCACCGCAGAGAUCUGUGCAGUCGAGAUCCGAGAAACGCUGUGCAGUGUGGGUUCCGCGCGCCGUUUCGUCAAGGGCCACCUGGCGCACACAGAGAGACGACAGGCCGGCCUCCCGUCGGGCGCCGCGACUGGGGGGUGCGGUAGAGACAGGACCGCCGGCCUAGCUGGACAGCUCGAAGGGCGAAGAGAAGGGGGACAAGGCGGUGAGAAGAACGGCGCGCAGGCCGCAGGCGGAACGGGAUCGGAUCGGGCAGCGAGACAGAUCGGAAGUGCGAGCGACGGGGAAAGGGUACGCCCUGUCUCGGCCUCCCCUCAAGACGUGAUCGACGACCUCGUUCUUGUUGCCCAUCGCCUCCUGAACCCCGCCCCGAACCUGGGAGAAGAGCGGGAUCUCCUCUUCUCGUUUUCGCGGCUCCUCUUUGCCUUUGAAAAGAGCAUUCAGGCCCCGUCGCUCCUCAACUCGCUAGGCGACACCCUGCACAGCGUCGCGACAGCCAGUGCUUCGCGGCGAGAGGAAGGCGAGCCGCACGCGCGGAGACACUCGAUCGCCCGCGCGGCCUCGCCGAAGCCGGGUCGCCUCUUUGACCGCUUUCUCGCCUUCGAGAGAGUCACGCGGGCGCGGCGCGGAGACGAGGCGCGGCGCGGAAGGGAAGCGGAGGAACGCUGUCUCUGGAUGAAAGCUACAGGGGUUACCCGAGCCGUCGCACUUUGCCUCCAACUCUGCGAGCGAGACCUUACUGUCCUCUCCCCCUCAUGUUCGUCACAGCCCGAAAGCGCGUCGGCCCCGUCCGCUUCGCUGUCUGCUUCGCUGAUCGAUCCUUUGCUGUUCCUCAAGCUUCGAGACACCAUUUUGAGUCCCUUGGCCUCGCACACGCCACUCCGGAGGGCUGCGCAGGAUGCGCGUGCGCUUCCCGCGUCCGUCGAGAGACUGCUGGCCUUGUCCAACCCGCAGGCGUCGCCUUCCUGCUUCUCCUCUCUCCACGCACACCUGGACGACGCAGCCUCGUCCCGGUCGCUGUUCGAGCUGGCGGGCUCCGGCGAGACGCGGGCGAUGUGGAACCGCCACCCGGACCUCAUCGCCGCGUUUUUGACGUCUCUGUGGAUCGACGCCUUCCACGCGAAUGUCGCCAAAUUCACAGCAUUGGCUCUCCAAACAGCGCUCGCCGCCCUGCCGUGUCUCGCGCGUGCAUGCUACACGCUUCUGUCGCCUUGCUUCCUGCAGCUCGCCUCGUCGCUCCCUCGCUUCUCGCUGUCUCCUUCGCCGUGGACAGAACGACCCCUCGCGGCCGCGUCGCCGCACGCCCGCCUGCACAUUGCCCAGCGGUCGUUGGAGACGCUCGAAGGGUUGCUGGCUCCACAGCUCGUCCGCGGCUACUCGAUUUCCCAGAUCUACGGCUUGACGCGGUUCCUCCACCUAUCGCUCUCGAUCUGGUGCACGGAGACCCUGUUGAUGAGCGACGAGAUCUGCGUUGCAACUGCGUCGGCCUCGCCCUUCUCGCUCCGGGCGCGCGAAGAGCAGCGCGCGGCUGGGGCUUCCUCGGUGACGCUCGCUUCUCUCUUUUCGCCGUCCUUCCCGACGCAGCUCGCGCGCCUACUGGUGCGCCUGCUCCUGUCUCUGUCCGGCGCCGGGGACGCGUCCAGCGAGGACGGAGACGCGGCGGCAGGACAAAACAGCCGCUCGGCCCUCGGCGCCUCCGCGGCUCUCUCGACGACCUGGACGGUCCGCGCCCUCCUGUACGACGGCCUCGUGCUGCUCUUCCGCCUGCCCAUCUUCGGCUCCAGCUCAGCCACGUCAGACUGCCAAGCCGGAGGUGCCGCGUUCGGUUUUUCGGGACAGGAUGGCGAGCCCCUCGAACAGACAAUCCGGCGGGCGCGAGACGACGACCUCGCCACGGAUCGCGCUUCGAUCAGUCGUGUGGCGAUUUCUCUGUUGACCUCGCUGGCACGCGAGCCCGACGCAAGAUCGAAGCUGUUCCGUCGGCUGCUUCACGAUGCCAUUCUCGAUCUGAGAGGCGGUGUCUCCGUCGUUUCCUCGCCGGCGUCUGUGGAGGGAGCGGCUCUGUGCCUGCCGGGAAACAGCGAAAGUCUCUUCUGGCUUCUCGCCGCUCUCGCACCUUCCCAGGGGACGCGGGCCCUGCCAUGUGGCCUUCCGUUGCCCUACGGCGCGGCUGCGGGGUUGGCGGCUUCUCCGACCGGUCUCGAGCCCCGGCGCGUUUCGUCCAUCGUGGCCGAGACGGCGACGCAAGCGGCGUUCAAGCAGCUUUUCCCGAGCGUCCCGCAAUCCCUCGCUCUCGGUGCGCUGCGCGUCUUGACGGCGGUCGUGCAGGCCUCGCUUCCUGCGCAGCUUGAGUACGAAGGCGCCGCGAGUUUCGCGACGUGGGUGCGGCUCUUCACCGGGGAGGAGGCGCGGGCCGUGGCAACGGACGCACAGGAGGAAGAAGAAAGCGAAGCCCCUGCGGUUUGGAGCAGGAAGGACCGUCCGCCCGCGGCGCCAGGCUGCAGAGGCGAGCGAGGAAGAAAGGCAGCCAGGGAGACGCGACAGACGCGACGGGGGGAGGACCGAGUGGGACUGGAACGCACAUCGCUCAAGCCUGCGACAGAGCGGAGACUCGGGGACGGCCUGGAAGGUUCACACGCAACGGGUGACUCGGGGUAUGGCGGUGAAGGCGAAGGACGCCGAGAGGUCGAAGAGGAAGCGACGGGGUUCGCGGAGGAAAACUACGCAAGGGACGACCAGCGAAAUUCCUCGGAGGCAGAUCUUUUCGAGAUGUGUCUGGCUGCAGUUCUCCUUGCACACCUCCACUUUGACGAGGCGCCGGGGGUACGAAACGGACACCGCGAUUCGCAGCAACGCGGCCUGAGACGCGACGACGGAGGAAAGCACUCGAGCGCGGUUCCGGGCCUUUCUUCGCUGGUCUCCUGCGAAACGGGUGGAGCACGGCGGCGCCGCGGAGACACCAGGGAAGUGCUGGAACUCGCCCUCGUGACGCUCCGCCUCUUCCACACCGCUUGCCAGCAUCCGAGCUUUGCGCGCGAUUGUGUUUCUCGCCCGCUGCCUAGCCAGCUGCUAUCCGCUCUUCUGUCUCGUGGCGGAUCGGGCAGAGUGCUGGGGUCCGACGUGUGUGCGGCUCCAGCCGCUUCCUCUUUCCGCCUUCUCGACCUGUUUCUCUCUUCGCCGCUGCUUCGCGCGUCGAUGCAGACGAUGAACCUGCGUGUCUUCCUCUCGUCGGCCGUCGCGCCUUCGCUCCGAGAGAACAGGAAAACCGAGGAGGCGUCCCGGUCGCUCGUCGCUGGGCUUUCCAACGCGCUCGUCACAGUUGUGCCUGUUGACCUCUACCUCUCCUUCCUCAGCGUCCUGCAGACUCUCUUGGGCCUCGACCCCCUUCCCGGCCGGUUGGUCGAUCGCGCCAUUGAGUGGGUUAACCGCGAGGCCUGUGUCUUCCUCUUUCCCCUUCGUUUUCUGGCGCGAUUGGCCACGGCGUGGACAGAGACGAGGCGGAGCAAUGCGUCGCCUCUGUCGCGGUUCCCGGCCGCGUUGCGCGGAGUGUUGCCUGCGCUUCCCGGUCGAAAGAGACGGUCGUUGUCGUCCUUUGAGGGUUCUUUCCAGGUGGAGUCUCUCGGCGGCCGUCAGAGUGAAGUCGAGGCUCUGUGCGCAGCCUUGGAUCGGUACUGCGCCACGUCGCUUUCUUUCGCGGCUGAGACGUCUCGUGCGGAGAGCAGCGAGGAGUUUGGCGAGGCGCGCACCGCUGCUGGAAGGCCGGAGGAGACAGUGGGACGCGUCUACCUCGCUGCAUGCGCCUCUCUGCGAGUUUACUUGCAGCUGCUGAAGGCGGAGAGAAAUCGGCGAAACUCAGAAAAUAAAAUCGCUCUGACGCACCAGCUUAUCCGAGCUGACUUCGGAUUCGCGGCCGAAGUGGAAUCUCUUAUUGAUACCCUCCUCGCCUUCCUCCUCAUCGAUCCUGCCUCAUUCGAGGAAAGAGAGGAGGACGACUCAGACGAAGACUGUGCAAGAAGAAGACGAAGAAAAGAGGACGUACCUGCGCCAGGCCUGGAGCUGGCCAGCACUCUGAGAGAAAUACCAGAAAGCGACGAUGACGAGACCAGCGACGAAGACAUAAGUUGCUUCUCGCGCUCUGCAGGCAGGAUAGGAACCGCUCGGCGAGCGGGGUUGCAGCGAGAAGACGAUGAUCUCCAUGAUGAAAGCGAGAGAAGAGAGCCUGGCUCAGCCGUCGCCGGCAGACAACCGGCCGACGCUGUGGGCUUUUGGUCCUCCCACAGGAGAAGGAAGACCAACCCGACUCUCCGUCUUCUUCUCGUCCUGCAACCCGAAAAUGACGCUGUCAAGUGGGACACCGUGCUUCUCAUGCUUCAAGUCGUCGGUUUCUCGCUCGGGUGUUACAACCGGCGCUUCGCGACGUUCACACUGGGCGCUUCCGUGGAUGAAGAGGCUCGGAGCGCGGCGUCGAAGCACGUCGACAGUGUUUGCGAGGCGACGGUCGCUCUUUCUGUCUUGGCUGUCAAGACGCUUCUCGACGACAGGGAGACUCGACCUCCGCAUUUCGCUUCCGCUCAGGCCUUCGCCCUUUUCCUGUCCUCACUGGAAGCGGCUCUGCACCUGCUUCACGGCCUUCUGCUUCUCUGUCUUCGCGUGUCUCCUGCGGCUCAAGAGCCCAGUCCUCUCGACUUCGCUCCGCUUCAAGAACGCGAACCAAGUCGGCUCUUCACUCCCGCGGGCGCUGCUUGGCCGAGUCGAGGGCCGUUCCAUCCGACUCGAACUCAGGAGCUUCUCGCUCUGCAUCCACAGUUCCUCGACUUUCUUCCACUGUUGGACCAGCUGAGCUUCGCGUGCGCCGCAGGCUCGCCGCCCGUGGCCUUCGCGGGGGCGAGCAGUCGAAGGCGAGGCCAUGAGAGGAGACAGCAGAGAGACGAAAAGGGAGACGAGGGUCUGUCGUCUGCGAGACUCGAUGAAGACGGACGAUCUGCCCUCGGCGCAGUCGCCUUCUUCGCGGACCGUCUCAAGACGCUUAUCUAUUUGUACCUCAGGACUUGA